CUAUAAUGCUAUGCUGGUUCCGGGGCGGCACUACAGUCGGCUCCGGUACGCUUUCUGUUGCCGCGACGAGAGACACUUUGAGCCCGCCUGCCAGCACCACCCCGCACCCUUCUCGAAUGAAUCGUUCCUUUCUCCCAGGUUAUUGCCUGGAGUGAAAAGUACAGCAGUUCCUCCCAUCCAACCUACAGAUAUACAGUAUGAACCAACAAUAACAAUGCAUGGCUUGUAAACCACUGAACAUGGCUCAAAGGAAGAGGCCAGGGACCAGCGGAGCACACACUAUGGCUCCUCCAGUCCCCACUCCCUGUCCCACACCUCAUCAUACAGAGUCAUGUGAUGUGAAAGCCCUCUCUGGUCGGCAGCGCCCGACCCGCUACCCGAAGGAAUCACAUGUUCCAAAGCCCCUUCCCCGCACCUGUAAGGCACAAUAUUCCUCUCCCAAGUGUGAGGACGUGGUUCCGAGCUGUCCGGUAGAAGACACGAUUGCAGAUGUUGAACUGAAGCGAUACAACAGUCAAACAGAUGCAGAAUCAGAGAACCAGCGACCACCAACCCCAUCGGCUCCUGAACUUGAUCCUGAGCGCGAUGAUCACAACCAAGUAGACGUCCAUGAUGGAGCUGACAGCCUGGAUGAUGACUCCAGCUCAGACUACAUUAACAACACUUCAGAGGAUGAAGAAGACUAUGAUGACGGACUUGCAGAGGAGGAUGAAGGUGUUACUUACUACAUUCGGUACUGCCCAGAGGAUGACAGCUACAUGGAAGGCAUGGACUGCAGCAGCCAAGGAGAUUGUAACCACGGUCAUAGCCAAGAAGAACGUGUGGGUAGUGUGCAGCAGAAUGAAGGCCACGCCGAGUGCCAGGAAGCUGUCGAAGGAUGGGCUGAGGAUGGUGAGGCAGAGGGACAUGUGAGAGAAGAGGAGUGGGUGAAAGAUAAGGAAGAAAGUGCAGCCAGGGAAGAAUGGAGGGGAGAAGAGGAAGGGGAGAGAGGGGAGUGGAGGGAAGGAGAUGAGGAUGGUGUAGAGGAGUGGACAGAGGAGGAUCCAGGCCGGCAAGAGCAGUGGGCUAGUAGUGAUAGGCACAGAGUUGAGGAGUGGGCUGAAGGCGAGGGCGAGGUACGCUGUGAGGUUGUGGAGCAAGACCCUGAUGAACACAUAUACAAUGGCCGUCCAGAGCCAAUAUUGGACUAUAACCAUCACAAUCACCACCAUCACCAACCUACCAUGCAAGAUGUCACCCAGCAGGGUGACGAAGAGGACGCAGAGAGUGAGGAGUACUGCCCAAACGAAGAGGCGUACGAGGAAGACGAUGACGACAAGAGUCAUGGAAGGGCCUACACUGGAGACUAUUACGUGCCAGAGGACAACGGCAACUCAGUAUGUGCGUCUCCAUUCCGAGGACGUAAGGUGUUGGUGGUAGAGGGGGAAACAGGUGAAGAGGCGGAGGAGGACAUUGACCAAAUCGUCGCUGAGAUCAAGAUGAGUAUGAGCAUGGGGAGUCUAAGCAGCGGUACUGACCAAAGCCCGGAGGAGCUGGCACAGGACCCGCCCACAGGUGAAUACACUAACGCCAAGCCUGACGCAGCCCCUUACCCGCCAGCUCACCACCGCCAUGACAGCAGACCCAAGUCUCUCAACCUACCUUCCGUGCAUCAUAACAACCCAGACCUCCAAAGGGGCCUCAAGAUCCAACCACAUUCCCAUGAAGAUCGACAGAGAUGGCAACAGGAGCAGGUGAGCAACAGUGCAGAGCAGCCAAGAAAACAGCAGCGCUCCGAUCUGAAUAUUCCACUGGAGAACAACAACGUACCAGACACUACCAAAAAGGUGGCAUCCUUCCCCAGCUUUGUUGAUGUCCCAGGACCCUGCGAGCCAGAAGACCUGAUUGAUGGAAUCAUCUUUGCCGCUAACUACCUGGGCUCGACUCAGCUACUGUCCGAGAGGAACCCUUCCAAGAACAUACGCAUGAUGCAGGCCCAGGAGGCAGUCAGCAGGGUUAAGAGGGUACAGAAGGCUGCCAAAAUCAAGAAAAAGGCGAGCCCGGAGGGAGACGCUCAAACUCUGACUGAAGUCGAUCUGUUCAUCUCCACUCAGAGGAUCAAAGUCCUCAAUGCAGACUCACAGGAAACCAUGAUGGACAACGCACUACGCACCAUAUCCUACAUUGCUGACAUCGGAAACAUUGUGGUACUAAUGGCGAGGCGUCGCAUGCCCCGCACGGCCUCCCAGGACUGCAUCGAAACCACACCUGGGGCGCCUGAGGCGAAGAAGCAGUACAAGAUGAUAUGCCAUGUCUUUGAGUCUGAGGACGCCCAGCUCAUCGCUCAGUCCAUCGGCCAGGCUUUCAGUGUCGCUUAUCAAGAGUUCCUGAGAGCCAACGGCAUUAACCCAGAAGAUCUGAGCCAAAAGGAGUACAGUGACAUCAUCAACACCCAGGAGAUGUACAAUGAUGACCUCAUUCACUUCUCCAACUCUGAAAACUGCAAAGAGCUGCAGCUGGAGAAGAGUAAAGGCGAGAUCCUGGGCGUCGUGAUCGUGGAGUCAGGUUGGGGUUCCAUCCUCCCCACGGUCAUCUUAGCCAACAUGAUGAACGGCGCCCCGGCGGCACGCUCAGGCAAGUUGAGCAUCGGCGAUCAGAUCAUGUCCAUCAACAACACCAGCCUCGUAGGGCUGCCGCUCGCCACCUGUCAGGGAAUCAUCAAGGGUUUAAAGAACCAGGUGCAGGUGAAAAUGAACAUUGUCAGCUGCCCUCCUGUUACGACCGUCCUCAUUAAGAGACCUGACCUCAAGUAUCAGCUGGGCUUCAGUGUGCAGAACGGAAUUAUAUGCAGUCUUAUGCGGGGGGGCAUAGCUGAGCGAGGAGGGGUCCGGGUUGGCCACCGGAUCAUCGAGAUCAACGGGCAGAGUGUGGUGGCCACAGCACAUGAGAAGAUUGUCCAGGCUCUCUCAAACUCUGUUGGCGAGAUCCACAUGAAGACGAUGCCUGCAGCCAUGUUCCGACUCCUCACAGGCCAAGAGACACCGAUGUACAUAUAAAAGCCAUGAACAGAUUGUCGUCUAAUUGUAAAAAAA